AUGGUUACAAGAAUCCUGUCUGAGGAUGGCUCCAGUAUUUCCACAGCAAUCCAGGUUGUGACCUGGGUCCUCAAUGCUGCCUCUUCCUCCCAAAUGAGUCAAAGGAGGAUGCAGAUUGGAGACCAUCAGACACCUCAGGUGGUACAGCCGUGGCAGGUCUUCUGGCAUCGCCAGGAUUUCACAUCUUCACUGAAGGCCAUGAGAGUGGGGGCUCACCGCACCUCAGGAUAUGUAGCCCAUUGCGAAAAGUGUCCAGAUGUCCAGCAUUCCAACAAAAAGCAAGAUCAGUGUAUCCCCAAAGUUCCAACUUUCCUGUCCUCCAAAGAAAUGCUAGGUCUCAUCCUGAUUAUCUGUGCCUUUUUUUUGUCCAUAACUACUGCCUUUGUUCUAGGAAUCUUUAUUAAAUACCGAGAAACUCCCAUAGUCAAAGCCAAUAACCGAGAUCUCGCCUACAUUCUCCUGGUCUCUCUCCUGCUUUCCUUCUUGACUUCCCUUCUAUUCAUUGGUCAGCCAAAGGAAGUGACCUGUCUUCUUCGACAAACCGCCUUCAGUGUUGUUUUCUCAGUUGCUGUCUCUUCCUUACUGGCCAAGACUAUCAUGGUGGUGGUGGCGUUUCUGGCCACAAAGCCAGGCAGCAGGGUGAGGGAAUGGCUGGGGAAAACUCUGGCCAACUCCAUUGUCUUGUCCUGCUCUGGGGUUCAGAUGGGUAUCUGCAUCAUAUGGCUGGGAAUCUCUCCCCCAUUCCCAGAUUCUGACCUGCAUUCCCAACCAGAACACAUUGUACUGCAGUGCAAUGAAGGCUCCAUUGCCAUGUUCUACACUGCACUGGGGUACUUGGGCUUUCUGGCUGCCAUCUGCUUUUUGGUGGCUUUCCUGGCCCGAAAGCUCCCAGGGACCUUCAAUGAAGCCAAGCUGAUCACCUUCAGCAUGCUGGUUUUCUGCAGC